GUUGUUGUGUAUAUCUCCUUCAGAAACAGCUGUGCUGCGACGAGACUAUACUCGUAAACAGGUCAAAUAAGUCCCUAUGUAAAUACGGUUUGCGCUCAGGUUGGAUUUCGAGUGACCUACACCAUACGCGGAGCCCCUUACCAGUGCGCGGACACAUAUAGGCGUAUGCUCUCCUUUAACCACCAAUAAUCAUGAUGUUCUAUAUUGCCCUGAUGUUCGUAGGGUUGCUGGCUGUCGGCAGUGGGGAUGUAUUCACACACGAAGAGAGCGAGAACAUUAAGGGUUAUCUAGAGACAAUAAAGGGGGUGUCAAGACAUACCCGGUCUCAGCAUCGCCGUCGUCAAGGGCAACGAAACCUGGUCUCUACCCUGGGAUAUGCAGAUUUAGCGGCGAAGAGGGAGGUGACUGAAGAGACGCUCUUCGGAAUUGGUUCGAUAACAAAAUCAAUAACUGCAACACUCAUUGCUUUGAUGAUCGACGAAUCAGAAGGAAAGAUCACGUUCGACACUACUGUCUCGGAACUUCUUGGAGAAGGCUACGAGUUCCCAGAUGACUUCAAGACAAAGGAGACAACAAUUAAAGAUGUCUUGAGUCACCGGACAGGACUGGCGGGCCUGAAUCUGGCCACGAUAUUCGGGGGUCCUCCGGGGAUUUCCAGAGAAGACUUUUCUAAACUUGCAGGACUGUUGCCCUCCAACCCAUUCCGUGGCGAGAUGCAGUACAGCAACUUCAUGUACAUGUUGGCCGGGCACAUCACUGAGAAGGUGUGGGAGCAUCCUGGGAAGAGAAUCUCAACACCAGGUUGUUACAGCAGAUAGGUAUGACGUCAACAGACACAGGUAUGGAGGACGGUGACGUCACAGGAGACAGAUAUGCCCGACCAUACGUCUAUCUGAGGGGAGAACUAACCGAAGGUGACCCGGCUCCACUUGACAUUGGAAAUGUGGGCCCGGCCGGUGCAAUGGCCUCCAACAUCCAGGACAUGGUAAAGUUCAUGAGAUUUAUGCUAAACAAAGGGAAGCUGGAAAAUGGCACUCAGCUGAUCAAGGAAGCGACCAUACAACAACUGUGGCAACCUGUCAUCCCCCUGCCGUCCUUCAUGGUCUUUAUGAUGGAGAAGCUGUACCCCCAGUGGCCAGUGUCUGACGUAUCAGUCGGGUAUGGCAUGGGCUGGUUCAAGAAUGUCUACAGGGGGCGACAGAACAUAUGGCAUGCGGGCGGCCUCCACAGCUACAACUCUCUACUGUGGCUCUUCCCUGACAGUGACAUCGGACUCCACAUCAGCAUCAAUGGACCAACAACGUCAAAUUCAAAAUCACCCAUGAGCAUGUUGUUGUCGGCAUUGUAUUACGUAGCUGACAUCGUCCUGGGAGAAACACCAUGGUUAGACAAACAAACAGGCUGCACCUUCCCCAAACCCUGGUUGGAUAUGGCCAUGUUUGUACCACCGCCCGACACAGAUGACACAUCUGUCACACCCGAAUACCCCCUCUCGGAUUAUGCUGGGAGUUACUUCAAUCCCUUGGUUGGCGAGUUUUUGGUUACCUUGGACAAGUCAAAAGAUCAACUGCAAAUAAAACUGAAUAAAUUAGAUGGUGUUCUGGUGCCGAAAAGGGAUGGAUCGUUUGGAUUAGCAUGUAAAGGAGUGUAUGAGUUCUUAACAUGGCCGGAGAAAGAUAACCCUAUGUAUAUGUACAAAGCCGUGUUCAUUAGAGGGGCGGAUUCGUUUGAUGGUGUUGACUUGGUAAUGACUUUACCUUUAGAUCCACCCCUUCGGUUUCAGGUUCAGCACGGCGAUGACAACAUCAAAACUGAACUUUGAAAUUGUGUCAUUACUCAUUGUCAUUUUGUCAUUCUGCCCAAACUGUAACAUACAUUACUUAUUAGAUGUUCGUCAUUGAUUUCAUUAAGACUACAUCCAAUGAAAUCAUUAAUACUUAUAUUCAUUGUAGACGUGCAUGUGAUUACAAUGGAAUACUGAGUUAAAACACUGUGAAGACUAAAGUGGAAAUUCUGCUUUACAUCAUUCUGCAGCGCUGAUACUUUAACAUCAAUAAUUUCACGUAUACUGACAAUUGUAGCAUCUAUUAUGCUUUUUGUACUUAAUGUAAUAAAUCGUAAUUAUAUUUUUCAGAAUAAACUAGGGAGUACAAAAAACCCAUAUUAUAACAAGUCCAUCACUUCACACGUGUAUUGCUGACAUGAUCAGAACAACAUUCCUGAUGUCAGUCGAUUCUUAAUAUGAAGUCAUAGCUGAAAAUUGUUGACACCAUUCAACAAUCGUUUCUAAGACGGCAGUCGUGAUCAGCACAUUUUUCAAAGGAGCUCAUACAUACAUGUAUUUUACAUUUGAUGUAAAGCCACUUCACGAAAGGAAAUUAAACAAAAAACACUCACUUGCAAGGCAAUUUAAUACAGCAUUAUAUUUGGUCAAGUUGGAUUCAAUUUUCGUGGCAUUAAGAUGCUGGUGUAUGGACGAAGAUAGGGUUGAUUUGCGUCGUAUUAAAAGAAUAAACAAAAUAAAUGAAAUUAAUAUAUUCA